AGUUAGUCCGUCGCGUUUUGAUGCCGAGUCCGGUUGUAUCGAAGUUCGUUGAUUCGUGUCGCGCAUUUGUCGUUCUCCAGUGUGGAUGGUGUCAGGAUGGUCACUACCAGUAAAAUCCUACUGGUGGUCACCACGUGCUACUGGACGCUGACAGCUGGUCAAUAUUAUAGCAUAAAUCUCGGUGGCGAAGAAGCUGCAGUAGCUCAACCCGUUCCACCACCUCCGUCCGGAGGACCAGUGCAGGAAAUACGGCCAAAGAUUACACCGCUGGACGCGAUGGUUGACAAGACCAAUCAUCUGGGAUUUCGGAUUCUGUAUCUUCACUCCAAGGGAAACAAGAACAACAUUGCUUUUUCGCCAUGUGCUCUGUCCAGUAUUCUAGUCGCAUUGUACGAGGGUGCCGACGGGAAAAGUGCUUCGGAAAUUCACGAUAGUCUGGUGGUGCCGUACGAUAAGGAUAUUCUACGGGUGGGCUAUCGUGACAUUCAUCGCCGAUUGAGGAGUUACUUCUAUCGGAAGGAGAACCUACUCAGUGGACUGAGUUUGAGUAGUGAAAACAUUACCAUACGCCCCGAAUACGAGUCCAUCCUCAAAUUCUACGGCUACGAUCUGGAAAAUAUUCCGGAAAUGAAAAUGCAAACAACAACCAUCGCUCCGACAUCCCCGGACUCAAUGGAGACCACCACAUUCCCAGCCGACUACAUGACCUCCAGCGAGGAGGAACAAUCCACCACGGAGUCCACUGCGACGAGCUUCGACUUAACCAUGGGUUCAGCAGAGCCGGAAGAAGAUGGAACAACUACCACCGAAUCGGAACAAGAAUCCGAGGAAUCUGAAACGACAACAACAACCGUCACCGAAGGUGGCGAACAGGCGGAGACUACCACCGUUUCUGAAACUGAGAAUACAACAGAGGAGGAAACGUCGGAAACACCCGCCGAGGAAGAGCAAACUGAAGAGCCAACAGAAGAAACACCAACGGAAGGUGGUGAAAAACGUCGGCGAAAUCUGCGGAAGCGUGGGCAGAAGCAAAGCCAAGUGCAGCGACGACAGUCGCAUCCGAAUUACCGUAGGAGGAUGCUACGAGUCAGACGAAGCCCCGAAGAGUUUGAUUUGGUCAGUCAUCAGCGAUUCCUGCAGAAUUUCUUGCUGCAGGACGUAACUACUGCGUCGCCUUUUGCAGCGUUCCCUGCUUUUUCGGAAAGAGCCAACCAAUUCCAGCAGGAUCGACUCCUGGAUGACACCAUCGAGCAUAACUUCUAUCUGAGUGAAACGGAAACGGUCAAGGUUCCUUACAAGAUUUAUAAUACCAUUCUUAAGUACGCAUACGUUGAUCGACUGCAGUCGACCGUACUGGAAUUGGAGCUUGAUUCCGACGACUACAAGCUGAUCAUCAUCCUUCCGGAUUACGAAUUUGGACUGGGGAAUCUCAUGAAAUUGCUUCAGAUCGGAGACAAUGUUCCGAAUCUGAGAGACAUUGUAAAGCAGAUGGCACCCUCGUGGGUCAAAACGAUCGUACCGAAGUUCACGUUGAAGGGAAACAUCAUUCUGACCAGCGAUUUGCAGAAUAUGGGAAUCAACGACAUCUUCGAGCCUACGCGAGCCGACUUCACCCCCAUGACGGAAGACCCGCUGAUCUACGCGAAGCACAUCGAGCAAUCAAUCAAUAUCAACAUACGGACGCAAUCGUUGCAGCAGCUCAAGAGAUUUACGUCAUUAUAUAAAAACCCAAUCGAACUGGCCAUCAACUACCCAUUUCUCUUUUGCAUCUUGGAUAAGGAGCUGGAUCUGGCGCUCAUUACCGGUCGAAUACUGAACCCACUGAACUCGAGAAUACAUUAAGUUUAAAAAAAAAUCAACCGACCAUAAUAAACAAUGAUUAUGUUAAAAAAAAACCAGAAAAACAAAAAUCACCUAC